AUGGCAGAGAGCGAUGGGCGCCAGUACAUCGACAUAUCCUCAGACUCUGACUCUGAUGGAUCCUAUCCAGACAACGAUUCUAGGAGCAGCUCGAGCAUUUGCCCUUAUCGGACGGCGGAAUACCACGACAGAGAAUGUCGCCAGUUCUUUGAUUGCCCGACCCAUAUCGUGGAGCGCAAUCUCUCCGACACCGAGGACGAGGCUCUCGACGGCGGCGCGAUGAACCACUCCGACCCAAGACCUGAGACACAGCCCGACACAGUUACCGAAGAGCAUAUCGACUCUCGGUUACCACAGUCAGAAAGUGGAGGCUUUGCUCCCGUGGACGGAGCGCGCAUAGGCUCUCUUCCCCUCCGCUCGAACUCUGCCCACGAUACAGGACACCCUGAGACAGUUCAUACGCUGGUCAACCCGCAGCCUGAUGUUGCAUCGACGCCAGCUUCAGAAACCAGCACGCAACUACGAGAAACUCAGGAUGCUGUGCCCUCGGUUUCAUCGAUUCCGUCGCCCGAGCCACCAGUCACAUUAGCCGACCAUCCCCCAAGAACGAGCAGCCUCCCAAGGCCAGAAGUCAUAGACCUUGUACGAGAUGCCACUCCAUCAAUGCCUACAUUACUGGGCUCGCCAUUAGUUGCACGACGUGGAAGCGAACAUCCUAACACCAGUCCACCGCAGCCCCGAGGCUCACCUGCCCAGUUGUCGCCUCGUGUAGCUCACCAGAGAGCACGUAGCAACAUGGACUCUGCCGUCACGGGCGAUCCGCCUUCUGGCAGGUUCCAGGGAUAUUUCUCGGCAACGCCUGGCCAAGAUGCUUUUGUAAGAUCGAGGAGUGUUACGCAUUCCGGUCCAGGUGUGGGGUCGUCGACGGCUCGUGCCACGUACAUUGGGGCGCAGAACAGGAUUCCCAUCGGGACGCCAACGACAUACUUCCCUGCUUCAUCGUCUGCCUCUGCAUAUCCUGGUGCAGCACAAAGCCGAUAUCGGUCGAUGCUAGACGUGGGCUCAUCAUCGUCAUCGGCCGCCCAGAAUCGUGCGCUGCCGCCACCUCCACCUCCGCUGGCCGAGGAGGACGAAUGUCCCAUUUGCCAUCGAGAACUCCCACCUCGACACCUACCCGACUUUGAAGCUCUUCGGGAAGCCCACAUUACCAUUUGCAUUACGUCACACAGCAGAUAUCCUGGCGGAGGCGGCGGGACGCCGGGCGAGACCCCUCAGGAUUCCGUUGACGGCACCCCUCCUCCGCUUGCUGCUCGUCGGACCGGCAUGUUCCCGUACGUGGCGACGGAGAAAGACUGUAUCGACUCAGCAGAGUGUACCAUUUGUCUGGAAGAGUUCGUAGCCGGUGUACAGAUGGCGAGACUCGAGUGCCUCUGUCGCUUCCACCGGUCGUGCAUUUCCGCGUGGUUCGUCAACCACCCAGGACGCUGUCCUGUUCAUCAACACGACAGUUACGGCUACUAA